AUGGAGAAGCGACACUCUCUGAGAAUCAACAGGUGAGAGAAGAAGGUAAUGGCGAUUUAAAUUUAUCCACCACUCGUCAUACCAGUAGCGGGGAAGUCCACGUUAAGAGGCCGAUGAAUGCCUUCAUGGUGUGGUCGCGAGCCCAAAGGAGGAAGAUUGCUCUGGAGAACCCCAAAAUGCACAAUUCGGAAAUUAGCAAGAGGUUGGGCACUGAAUGGAAGCAUCUGACCGACACGGAAAAGCGACCGUUCAUCGAAGAAGCCAAAAGACUUCGAGCCAUGCAUAUGAAAGAGCAUCCCGAUUACAAAUACAAGCCACGUAGGAAACCAAAGAACUUGUUGAAAAAAGAGCGUUUUCCUUUCUCGAUACCUUACAUGCCACCUGUGGACUAUCUCAGUAUGAAUUUCAGCCGAGGAUUCUUCGCCCCGACGGGCUUACCUGUAACAGUACCAGCCAUUAUUCCGCCCUUCGCUCCGCAAUUAGGAGAGACAUCCACAGCGUCGGCGGCUGCAUCUAGUAGACUUUCUCCCAAUGACGAACGAAACGAACACGAAGGCGGAAAACUAACAUCCAGAUCACCACCUCCACCACCCGAAUCUCUAUUAAACCCGUUUAAAACAUUUAACACUUCGAACUCGUCUACUUAUCCUAGUGCAGCGUCCUUGUACUCGAAUCUUCCUCUGCAGGUGCCCACCUGUUUCAUGUCUUGCGGAUGUGGUCCUUCCAAUUACGGUCUGUCUUCGCCGUCCCUGUAUGAGCCGUCUCGUCACAAUAGCACCGUUUCGCCCUCUUUAGUUCUUAACCCCUUCCUGCGAGUGGCCGAAAAUUACGGUUCUACAAGUCUACGAGAGCAAGGCUUGGAUAGUCAAGUAUCAACUGCCCAAUCUCUGUCGCCUCAUCAUCUUUUCGGACUAUCAGCUUGUCUAUCGCGAGCCAAGGCCUCUGAGACAGGAGUCGAUGUGUGAAGAGACAGCCUAUAGGAUCCAAAGUAGAUAAAGUAUCGGCCUUUUCUAUAAUCGAA